AUGCAUCUAGGGAACCUGCUGCUGGUUGCCAGCACAGCAGUGCUAGCUGUUGCUGCUCCUUCAGACAAACAAAAGCGAGCAAAGAACUUUCAAUUCUUUGGUGUCAAUGAGUCGGGUGCUGAGUUUGGCAGCGGGAAUCUCCCAGGAACCCUGAACAAGGAUUACAUAUGGCCUCCAACAUCUACCAUUGAUACCUUGGUUGGCAAAGGGAUGACUGCUUUCCGUAUUCCGUUCUCGAUGGAGCGUCUCAUCCCCUCACAAAUGACUGGCAGUGUCAAUCAAGCCUACGCUCAGGGACUUACAUCCUACGUGAACUAUAUCACAAACACGAAAGGCGCAUACGCCAUCGUUGAUCCUCACAACUUCGGACGCUACUACGGGAACGUGAUAAGUGACUUUUCGGCCUUUAAAGCUUGGUGGACUACAACAGCCAAGCUGUUCGCCUCUAAUAGCAAAGUCAUCUUUGAUUGUAACAACGAGCCACACGACAUGGGUUCAGUCAGCACCAAGAAUCUUAUGCAAGCCUGCAUCGACGGUGUCAGAGCCGCUGGCGCGACCAGCCAAUACAUCUUCGUCGAGGGUACGAGCUAUAGUGGAGCUUGGACAUGGACCACGUCAGGAAAUACCGACCUCGUGUCACUCUCUGACCCCCAGAAUAAGAUAAUCUAUGAGAUGCAUCAGUAUCUUGACAGCGAUGGAUCUGGUACCUCGACUGCUUGUGUCUCUUCUACAAUUGGCUCUGAACGCAUCAAGGCUGCUACCGCAUGGUUGAAGGCCAACAAUAAGAAGGGUAUCCUCGGAGAAUUCGCUGGUGGCAACAAUCAACAGUGCAAGUCUGCUGUUUCUGAUAUGUUGUCAUAUAUGGUUGCCAACAAGGACGUUUGGACAGGUGCUUUGUGGUGGGGCGGAGGACCAUGGUGGGGUGAUUACAUCUACAGCUUCGAGCCACCGAGUGGCGUUGGAUAUCAGAACUUCCUGUCCAUCUUGCAACAAUACGCUUGA